AUGUACAUCAAACAGAUCAUCAUCCAGGGCUUCAAAAGCUACAAGGACCAGACCGUCAUCGAACCCUUCUCACCAAAGACGAACAUCAUCGUCGGUCGCAAUGGCUCCGGAAAGAGUAAUUUCUUCGCGGCCAUGCGCUUCGUCCUCAGCGAUGCGUAUACACAAAUGAGCCGCGAGGAACGCCAGGGUCUUCUCCACGAAGGCUCUGGCUCUGCCGUCAUGUCGGCAUAUGUUGAGAUCAUAUUCGACAAUAGCGAUGAUCGUUUCCCCACCGGCAACAAAGAGGUUGUCUUGAGACGCACGAUCGGCCUCAAAAAGGACGAAUAUUCGGUCGAUCGAAAGGUUGUCUCCAAGACGGACGUGAUGAACCUGCUGGAAGCCGCGGGAUUCUCUCGAUCGAACCCUUACUAUAUUGUCCCCCAAGGCCGCGUUACGGCGUUGACGAACAUGAAAGAGUCGGAACGACUGAACCUGCUGAAGGAGGUCGCUGGCACCCAGGUAUACGAGGCAAGACGAUCCGAGUCGCUCAAGAUCAUGCAUGAAACCAACAACAAGCGAGAGAAGAUCGACGAGCUUCUGGUAUAUAUCCGAGAAAGAUUGACGGAGCUCGAAGAGGAGAAGGAAGAGCUCAGGGGCUUCCAAGAUAAAGAUCGGGAGCGGAGAUGUCUCGAGUACGCCUACCACCACAGGGAACAGACGACCGUUCAGUCAACACUCGAGGAGAUUGAUAACGCGCGCCAAGACGGCCUUGACAUGGCAGACUCGAGCCGUUCUGAAUUUGCCAAGGGCGAGAAAGCCAUUGCCAAGAUGGAGGGCGACAUCCAAUCUCUGCAGCGGGAAAUUGAACUUUUGCAGAUCGAUCGCCGUCAGCAUGAGGAGGAUAGGCGUGAUUCCGCCAAAACGCUCGCCAAGGUUGAACUCAAAGCUAGGAACCUCAAGGAUGGAAUGUCGGCGCAAGAGAAAGCCCGAGCGCAGCACGAUGCGGAGCUAGAGUCCGUCCAGGCCGACAUUGCAUCCAAGGAGAAAGAACUAGCCAGAACUCUACCCGCAUAUACCAGGGAGAAGCAGAACGAAGACGAAGUGAAGCGGCAGCUCGAUGCGGCCGAAGCUAAACGGUCACGCCUUUUUGCCAAGCAAAGCCGAGGCUCUCGGUUCAAGAACGAAUCCGAACGAGAUGCGUGGUUGCAGCAGGAGAUCAACGACCUAUCGACGACGAUGAGCAUGCAAAAGGCAAACAAGCUCGAGGCCGAUGAAGAGGUUGUCAAAGUGGAGGCCUCCAUUAGCCAGGGCGAGCAAGAGGUUGCGGAUUUGCGACAGCGUCUCGCGAAUUGGAGUGGCGACAGAACACAACUGGCAGAGCAAGUUUCUCAGGCGCGGCUGGCGCUCGACAAGCUGAACGACGAACGGAAGCACAUCCGCCGCGGUGACGACAAGCUCAACUCGGUCAUCUCGAAUGCCCGGCAGGAGAAAGAAAAGGCGGAACGAGAGCUGUCCCACGCCAUGGACGGUGCCACAGCCCGGGGUCUUGCUACCAUCCGGCGUUUAAAGCAGGAGCAAGACAUUCCUGGCGCUUUUGGGACAUUGGCAGACCUCCUUGAUGUCAGCGAAGCCUACAGGCUUCCCGUUGAACAGACGGCAGGCUCCAGUUUGUUUCACUACGUGGUCGACAGUGCCGACACGGCAACGUAUCUGGCCGACAUCCUCUAUAGGCAACACGGCGGCCGAGUCACAUUCAUGCCGCUUGCGCAACUUCGACCACGCCAAGUGCACUUCCCGAGGUCGAACGACGCGAUUCCCUUGAUCAGCAAAAUCACGUACGAUGCCAAGUUUGAAAAGGCGUUUCAGCAAGUCUUCGGAAGGACGGUCGUCUGCCCCAACCUCGCCGUCGCGGGACAGUACGCCCGAAGUCACGGACUCGACGGCAUCACGGUUGAGGGUGACACCGCGAACAAGAGGGGUGCCAUGACGGGCGGUUAUAUCGACCCUCGCAAGUCUCGUCUGGAGGCCGUCAAGGCCGCCAACAAGUGGCGAGCCGAGUUUGAAGACCUCAUUUCGCAGUCGCGUGAUAUCCGAGGUCAGAUCGAACGCAAGGAUCAGGAAAUUACCGGCGCCAUGUCUGAUGUGCAGAAGCUUGAGCAGAAGCUGCGGCAAGCGGAGGAUGGGUUUGAGCCACUGAAGCACGAGCUGAGAAACAAGUCAGCGUACAUCGAGAAUGAACGGACGCACCAUGACGCCGCCAUGAAGCGCCGCGACGCGGUUGAGAAAAACAUGGUGGGCUUCAUGGAAGAAAUCGCUGCUCACGAAUCCGAGCUCAAGACGAAGUUUAAGAAGAGUCUGACGGCGGAGGAGGAGGGCGAGCUUGAAGCGCUCAGCCUACGCACGCAGCAGCUCCAGAAGCAGUGGAACGAGGUGAGCAGUGCUCGACGACAGCUGGAGAAGACAAAGCAGCUCCUCGAAGUCGAUCUGCGGCAGAACCUUCAGAUGAAGCUGGACCAGCUCAACAGCCAAGCGUUUGAAUACUCCGCCUCGGGUGCAUCGGCUGGUGGCCUGAAGGAAGUGGAUAGGGAGCUGAAGAAGGCCCGGCAGGUUUUGCAAGCGGUCAAGUCAAGCUUGGAGGAGACGGAGAGCAAGGUGGAGGAGCUUGUUGGCCGAAUGGAACGAAUUUCGACCGAGAAAGGCCGACUCGAACAGAUUCAGAUUGACAUCUCGACACGGAUCGAGAAGCAGCAGAAGCGCAUGGAGAAGACGUUGCAGCGGAAAGCGCUUCUGACGGCACAGGCAGCGGAGUGCGCGAAGAACAUCCGCGAACUCGGUGUACUCCCCGAAGAGGCCUUUGACAAGUACGAGAACAUGGAUGCGAAAGUGAUUACGUCCAAGCUGAAAAGAGUCAAUGAGGCGCUGAAAAAAUACAAGCACGUCAAUAAGAAAGCGUUUGAGCAGUACAACAACUUCACGACUCAGCAAGGCCAUUUGAUGAAGCGACGCAAAGAGUUGGACGCCUCGCAAGGGUCCAUCGAGGAGCUUGUCGAGCACCUCGAUCGUCGCAAGGAUGAGGCGAUCGAGCGGACGUUUAAGCAAGUGUCGAAGGAGUUCGCCACCAUUUUCAGCAAGCUGGUGCCCGCAGGCCACGGCCGGCUCGUGAUCCAACGCAGGACCGAUCGUCGGCAGGACGUCGACGAGUCGGAUGACGAGGCGCGAGGGAGCGUGGAAAACUACAUUGGCGUUGGGAUCAGCGUCUCGUUCAACUCGAAGCACCUCGACGAGCAGCAAAGGAUCCAACAACUCAGUGGUGGACAGAAGAGUUUGUGCGCUCUCUGCCUCAUCUUUGCGCUUCAAGCGACGGAAAGCAGCCCCAUGGUCAUAUUCGACGAGGUCGAUGCCAACCUGGAUGCGCAGUACCGAACGGCUGUGGCGUCCCUGCUCGAGUCGAUUUCAGACGAGAUUGGCACCCAAUUCAUCUGCACCACUUUCCGACCCGAGAUUGUCCACGUUGCAGACAAGUGCUACGGUGUGACAUUCCGCAACAAGACGAGCUCCAUCAACUGCGUCAGCACAGAGGAUGCGCUGAACUUUGUCGAGGGCCAGGCCAAGCCAGCCUAG